AGUGUCCCCUCAGCAGCAGCGGAGAAUUGUACAGCACUUGCAACAUGAAGAUCCUGUUUGGUCUCGUCUUUCUUCUUUGCUUUUCAGUCGACAGUAAGUUAUUUUAGUCUUAUUCAAUCUGUUUCUUCUUGUUUAGAUUAGGAUAUAAGUACAAAGGAAAUUUGCUCGGUAGUUUCUCGCCGUUCCCUUUCCUGGCGUCCUUUAUCUUCUUUCACGGAAUCGGGGGGUGUGGCUCGCCAUUUUGCUCACUUUCUAUCCGCACAAUCAGGACAAACAUCAAUAAUUUUCACUCUCUCUUUAUAACUUCAUUCGGAACGUGACGUUUGAUAAGAGUUUAAUCAGCCAGAGUGUAAUAUUAGAAUUGAAAUAAACGUGAUUAUAGCCUCCAGUUUUUGCAUUUGAGUAGAAUAAUUGAACACAUCUUUAACCGCUGUGUUAAGAAGUAUUUAGCACGGUACUGUCUUGACGAACGUUCUUUCAGUUCUAAUUUCCACGGAUUCCAUGCGUGGUGAGCGUAUUCGUCGGUGAAUUUUACGAAAUGCAACAUUCGAAUUAAAAUGCUCUCCAGUUCUGUAAGAUUCUUUUAUUAGUGGACUCCCCAAACUCGGGUGCUAACGUCCGGCAAUAAACGUGAAAAUAAGUGUAACAAGCAAAAAUACGGCUGUUUUGGUAUAAUUGGUCUCGUUUUAUAAUGUGCGCAAACAGGAUUAGAGAGGUUGUGCAAGAAGAAAGUGUCGAACCACAAACAAUCUCAUUUGCAAGCUAAACAUUGACACGUUCAUAUAUUACAACUGCGGAAUGCAGAAAUAAAUGUAGAGAAAAUCAUCACAGUUAAAUGCGCAACUUAAGUAGUUACGAAAAGAAAGCCAGUAAGUCUGAAUUUUGCAGGCUUUUUUUUCGUAACUGCUUAAAUUGUGCAUUUAAUUGUGAUGAUCUUCCCUGCAUUUAACUAUUUAAACUCAACAUUGCUGCGCAACAAAUUGGGCGAAACGUUUUUUACUCGUGUCGUGAUCUCAAGUUUGCAAGAGGAACAGUAAAUGCACGCAACAUAAUUAGUUCCUCAUUGUUGUUGAUGUCGAUACUAUGAGCGUUCGCGUUCAUGGUGUAUGUCAUGACUGUAAAACUAGCUUUCCUCUACAUUCAAUCGGUGAGUGUUGUAUUCUACUAUUCAUUUCCGGCAUCUAUCAAAAAAGGGUAAGUCAAUACUGAAGUAAGGAAGGAAGUAAAUUUUCACUUAUUUCCCAUAACGAGGUGAAGAAAUUCUUGGUAAUUUCGUACAUUAUUGCACGGACUUGAUGUCUCUUUGAAAGUAUUCGGAAACCGGAAGAAGGAUGCGCAAUCCAAGAAAGCACGCAGUCAGUUCCAGUUAUUUUAGUGCUUUGAAUCACCUGAGGGCCGUCCGUUACGUAAUGUAAAAAGCGGUUUAUUUUGUUAUCGAUAUUAUAUGAUAGCCUGUCAGCUUUUACAGAAGGAUAAAAGAGAGCAGGAAAUUGCUGAUCUGUGCGAGGAGAGAGGGCGACAGAACGCCUUAAAUAUGUGUGCUUUUCAGUUCUAAUGCUCUGUGAUUGGUUGAUUUUGACAUGACAUUUGCCAACACUCGAACGUGGAAUUACCUUUGUCAGAGGAACUGAUUGAACGCGUCACACAGAUUUCUCAUAUUUGGGGUUUCAAAGAGGGCUGAAGUAACGAAAACAAUAUCGUUUGUACGGGCGUUUUCUUCCCAACAUCCGACUUUCACUUCCAAUUUUAAGUUUCGGUGUAUUAUUUCCAUUUUUUUUUUUUUUUUAAAGAGCAGGUAUGGUAACUUUUGGAGAAAUUUAGAUCUUGCCGUUCUGUUUUUUGGAGGUUGUUCUUAAAAAUAUCCGUUGACCUUCAUCAUAAUGGUCAAAAUAGUUUUUAAUCCAAUCUCAAGAAGAUGACUGACUACUAUGAUUUCCCAGACUUUAAUUGUAAUUAACUGAAUGAAUGUAAAAUUAAGCAAUAUGUAGAUCUUAUACAAAAGAAAUAUAUCUCGUACUGGAAUCACCCUUCAACAUUCACAAAACUUAGCUUUUAUUAAAAAUCAAAACGAAUUAUAGCCCCCCCGCCUACCUAGAUCUAUCAAGAAAGAACCCUUCUAGGAAAACAUUAGUGAAACUGAGAACAAGCAGUCACAAAUUUAGGAUUAUAACAGGUAGAUACGGCAAUAUACCACGUGGUGAAAGGCAAUUGUAACAGAAUUGAAGAUGAAACUCACUUUUUAUUAGAUUGUCCAAGUUUUUCUUCCAUAAUAGAGAUGUUCUUCUCCAAACUAGAGCCUAAAAUACAGUUUCUACGACUACAAUCACAUGAGACCUUAUUAUCAAAUCUAAUGAAUUCUACUGACUAUUUUAUUAACAUCCAAUUAAAUUUCAUUUAUAUCAUCCUGGUUUGAAUUGAGAGACAAACUUGUCUCCGGAAUAAUUAAUCCUACUGAUGGUUGAAAAUAAGUAAUGUUUAAUAUAUUUAAAGUUAUUUUGAAUAUUUAAUUUAAAAAGGAAUCAAUAAUUAAAUUCAAGUAGCUUUUGCAAUACUGUAACACUUUGUUUCAGUCAUGUAAAUCAAGCUUAUUGUUAUUGUUGUUGCUUAAAUAUUGUUACUUAUCUCUAGCAACGCAGACGAAACUGAAUUGUGUCAGUCCUCUACAAGUUUGUCCAACAUUUCGCGAGUUUUUCGCCGCGAAAAGCUUGUUUGAUGAGAUGAGGUGAUGGGCAAAGGUUCAAUAUAUAUCCGUUUAAUACCAAAUUGUUUACGAGUCGAAAAACAAAAAUAUUGAAUUGUUACUACGGGAUAGUUCGGUGUGUUGGCCUUCGAGAUUCGGGCUGUUAAUUCUAUUUUUGUAUUUGUUUCUUUUUUUCAGGUUAUGCCCUGAAAUGCUACCAAUGUACCUCUCUUAAGAGCUGGGAUGACUGCAAAAGCAGUGCAAAAGAGGUAACCUGUCUGGUCAGUCAGGACCGUUGUGCUAAAGCGGAUGUAAAAGCUGAGAGCUCAGCCGCGACAGCUGAAGGCUUUGUCAAAGGAUGUGCCACUUCAUCUGACUGCAGCGCGAAGAGCUGCAAAUCGAUCUAUCCCUCAGUGAAAAUCACCAAAUGCGAAAUCAAUUGCUGUACAGGUGACCUGUGCAAUGGAGCCGACGUACCAAUGGUCAGCGCCAUCAUGCUGUUGGCAUGCGCUAUUUUAGCUUUUGCUCGAUAAGUUUGAAGAUAAAAAACUGAGAUGUAGCUCACAGUAGUGAAAGGAACAACAGUCCUAAAUAGACAUAGAUUUUUUUAAAUGAAGGGUUUUAACGGAAGUUGUUAAUUUGAAUCCAAUUUGAAGGAAAAAAGACGAUUCAAAUCAUGAGAGUUGAUCUUUAGCUUAGUUCUAUUUUGUUGUAGUUUUUAUAAUGCAGUGAAAUAAAAACUGUUGUUUCCUUU